GGUUUAGUUUAGUUUCUCUCUAUAUUCUCUAUUCAUUUUUAUGAUUGACAAAUUUUGCAUGGGUAGUGUAAUUAUUUUAAGAUUGUUAACGAAUGUAAUUGAAUCUGGAUUAAUGUCAAUAAACUUAUAUGCAUUCAGAAUAGAGAUAACCAUGAGGAAAACCGGCAUUGAACUAACCGGUGUUCAACUUGUAAUAAAGCAAAGAUAAUAUAAUUGGUUGAGUAUACCACAAUAAUAUUAAAUGAUGUCUAUCUGUCAUUGGACAAUUUAUUUAUGUCUGCCAACUGCCCAGUUGAUCUCUGAUCUCAUCCAACAAAAACAAGAAAAUGAAAAGAAUUGAUAAUCUAUACGAUAUAUAAAUAUGCAUACAGAGUGAAUUGUAUGCAUCAGUUUCCGAUGAAAAAUGAAUGAAAUACUCUGGAAUGUUGGGAGCAAAAGAACCUGAAAUUGAAGGAUAUAUACAUUGUUGUUUAAUUCAUGUUCAUAGCAAUCAUCAGUUAGAUUUUCUUUAUAAAUAAAAUAAGUGCCAUUUCUUGACUUAUAGUCCAGCAUGUUUUUAUACUGAGAAAAAUUAAUUUACUACAUGAAUAAACUGUGCGUUCAUAAAAAACAAAUUUUGACAAAUCGUUACACCAAAAAAAAAAAAAAUUUGACAAAUCGUGGCUGAUUUAUUUCCCUUUUAUAAUUCCCCUCAAUAAUUGAAGGAUCUUUUUGCAUGAUUCAAACGCUAAAUGUGUUCUCAUUUACUGAAAAAGAAGCGAUCUCAUUUAUUGUGUCAGUACCAAACACAGUAUUAACUUUUCAAUUUACAAACCAACACAUAAAGAAAAACAGUACGUACGUACAUGCACCAUUUACUAAGUUUUUCGUUUGUUAUAUGCACCAUUUACCAACUUACUUUUAGAAGACAAAUUUUCAUGUCGGCUUGGUCAGUUAUAUUAUAGAUUACUCAUAUACAGUAAAUUCAAGUUAUUUCUAAAUGACUAGGUUAAUAUAAUGAUAUUUUUGAAUUGAUUUGCAUUGAGAAUAGGCAGUUAUUAUAGAUAACGUAUCCUAUCGCAAAAUACAAAAUAUUUAACUUGUAUUUCGAGCCAUUUUUCAUGCUGAACAUCUAAAUAAGCUUCUAACUGGGAGAUAAAAGAUGGUAAGACAAUUUGACUUCGGGUAAUGCAUACUAAUGUGCAUUAUUGAGUGUAUGAGACCAUCUAUAUUUUGUUAAAUCGUACGUUCCGAUCUCAUACAAGACUCUUAACUAGAAACCAUCUACAACUUAGACACAUGUACCUUGAUCCUUAACUGAUCUAAUAAAAGAUGACCCAAGAGGAGGUAAUAAAAUUAUUUGAAGUAUGUUGCUACUUGUCUUUCCUUCAUGAAAAACAUAACAAACUGAUCAAGAAAGUCUUUGACAUCAGAGUCUUUAAGAGCUUCUCCAGCUAUAGUUUCUUGAUAGGAAUAUAACCAGAUCCAAAAAGUAGGAAAGAGAGACAUAUGUAGUUUCUUGUCGGAUUGUCAAGUUUUGGUUCUUGGUUAUUGUGGAAGGUCAAAAGGCGGCAACGGUAGAUAUAAGUUGAGAAGACUUCGUGUUUUGGGUUCUAGAAGCAGAUUAUAUCAUCUGCCUGGCCGAGGGCAACAUCAAUAUAUCCAAAUCAUUGUGUUUUGCUUUGUUGAAAAGUUUAUUGCGUUGAAUGGUCGUAUGUUUUUGUGUAAAUGGUUUUCAGUUGCUGUGUUUUUGGUUUUAGAUUCUAGUUCUUGUGCCUUGUUUGUGAUCCGUAAGUUGCCCCAAUAUUGGAUUUACUUGCCUUCUUGUGGGCUCUUGUUUAUGAGGAUUCUUUGUUAUCCACCAGUUUAUUUGUAUUUAAUGAAUAAUUAUCAUAUGGAAACAAAAAAACAUACCUGCUGGUUGAUGCGCUAAUAACUAAAACGACGGGUCCACGUGGUUAAUAACAUAAUAACAGAAACCAAUAUUAAGCCCAUUAAGGAUCUUACAACUCCAAGCAUGGAGGCCCAUUAAUAAACCUCUGAAACAUCUCCAAAAAUUAUUCAAAACCUCUUUUCAUCUGAUCUCUCUCCCUCUCUCAGGUGAAAACAGUUCACUGGAAUCUCUCCACACCCUAAGAUUCUCAAUCUCGUUUCUUUUCUCUCAAGUAAACUGUUAUCCUUCAAAUUAUCAAUUAGAUUACUUCUAUGUUCAUGUUGGCGUUAAACCCCGAUUCUCAUUUUAAUUUUUCUUUGUAUAUGCUUGAUCUCUAAAGCUACCGACUUUUAAGAAGAAGAUCGAAUUAGGGUUCGGAAUUGUUUAGGCGGUUGGUUUCUUUACCGUCAAACAAUCGAAACUCUGAAGUCAAUUCAAGAUUUGACUAGCUUAUCUUAGGGCUGAAGCUAUCAUGGCGCAGAGUAAUUGGGAAGCUGAUAAGAUGCUUGACACUUACAUAUAUGAUCAUCUGGUAAAGAAGAAACUGCAUAACAUUGCUAAGUCUUUUGUGACUGAAGGCAAAGUCUCUCCUGAUCCUGUUGCAAUUGAUGCUCCUGGUGGGUUUCUGUUUGAGUGGUGGUCUGUGUUCUGGGAGAUGUUCUAUGCUAGGACGAAGGAGAAGCAUGAUGAGUCUGUUGUUGAGUAUGGGCUUAACGUUUACAUCUUUGAUUAUCUGGUGAAGAAGAAACUGCAUUACACUGCUAAGUUGUUCAUGACUGAAGUGAAAGUCUCUCCGGAUAAUGUUGCAAUUGAUGAUCCUCGUGGGUUUCUUUCUGAGUGGUGGUCUUUGUUCUGGGACGUCUACAUUGCUAAAACGAAUGAGAAGCAUUAUGAGUCUACUGCAGAGGCGCAACAAGGUAAACCGAAGGAGCAAAUGAAGCAACCCAAUCCAAUUAACACUGAGACAUCCCAAACCCAUAUGGAUGCAGGGACAAUCCAUCAUGGUCAGAUGGUCCAAGGGAAUAAUCAAGGAGGUGUUUCGGCAGCACUUCAGUCACGCACUCAGCAGACCCCUCUUAUCAACAUGCCGCCUGUACAGCACUCUUCGUCUCAGCAACAAGAUCCCUUACUAUCACAGCAAUCACAACAGAACAACAGUACAGGGUCAGGAAACAUGGUCGGCUCAUCCAACUCACAGCUGUCAACUCCUUCAACGCAUACCCCUGUCGAAGGAGAUGCUAUGACUGGUAACAUGCCAAAAGGGCCAAUGAUGUAUGGUUCUGAUGCAAUAGGUGGUCUUGCAUCAUCAGCAAACCAACUGUGGCAACAAGGUAAAGCGGAGGAGGAGCAAAUUCAAAUGAAGCAACUCAAUCCAGUGAACACUGAGACAUCAGGAACAAACAAUCAUGGUGAGAUGGUCCAAAGGAAUGAUCAAGGAGGAGAUGUAUCGGCAGCAAUACUGAAGCAACUUAAGUCACAAACUCAGCAGACCCCUGUAAUUACCUUACUUGAUAGAAUCUUCUUCUCUGUUUUAGUAACCUUUCUGCAUUGUACUAAACACAUGGGGCUAAAGUUGGAAGCUGGAGAAGGAGAAUCACGUAAGCGAUGCAAAUGCAAAAAGUCCAAGUGUUUGCAACUUUUAUGUGAAUGCUUUUCUACUGGAGUCUAUUGUACUACAGAGCCGCCAUGCUCAUGUACAGAUUGCUUCAACAAACCUAUUCAUGAAGAUACCGUCUUGGCUCCUGCUCGCAAAAAGUAUGAGUCUCGGAACCCAUUUGGAUUUGCUCCUAGAGUCAUCAGGAGCUCCCAUUCAGUUAUGAAAACCAGAGUAAGAUAUCAUACACACAUCUCUGCUUCAUUCUUGUCUGAAAGGAUAACAAGUUGUAAUGACACGCAGGAAGAGGAGGAUGCAAGAAAAAGUCCAGCUUCUGCUCGCCGUAAAAGUGGCUGCAACUGCAAGAAAUCAAACUGUCAGAAAUACUGUCAAUGCUUUAAGGUUUUUCUAUUGUUCUUUCUUCUAAUAAAAUCUAUUUUGAUUUAACUUUACUCUAAUUUGGUAUAUGAUGGUUUUUUUUUGAAAGGUGGUGUGGGCUGUACCGUAAACUGUAAAUGUGAAGGGUGUGAGAACAGAUUCGGCGUCAAAGCUUCAGUUUCCAAACCAACAAAUAAAGAUUAAACAGUUAGGCAAAAGGUUAUGUGUACAUGCAUCUUUACGCUUAGAAAACAAAGUUCAAUGUAGUCAUAUAAAUUCAAACGGUACAUUGCUAGAUGACUAGGUUUAUACUUUGUGAAAUUUUGGAUUGUUUUGCAUUGAGAAAAAAUGCAAUUGUUUUUGUUAUAUAAAACGUACAGAAUACAUAGACUUUUACCAUUUCAAUUGGUUUCACUAA